AUGUCAAUGGCUGCACCAAUCGUGAUUCAACCCAGUGUUACGUCUCAACCCGAUGUAACAAUGCUCGCUAAGCAGCAAUGCGGUGUGCCAAUGCCCCCGAAGGGCAUACCGGAUUACCCUCCUGGUUUAGAGCAUCUGAUUGGCAUUGACAAGCUGCGGGUGUGCCAGUCUGUUGAUAUGCUAAAGAUGUUCACCACUUUCGAGCACGCCAACAAAUACACGAUCAAGACCGGAAGCGGUGAUCAUGUGUAUUCGGCAACCGAGGAUACAGGUUAUUGCACUCGAUUUUGUUGCGGUACGCUUCGCAGCUUCGAUGUAGAAAUCGUCGAUAGGUCCGAGAAAAGGGCCGUCCUCUACAUUAGUCGUCCCUGGCGAUGUCAGUCGUGCUGGUUUCCAUGUUGUAUGCAGAAGUUGGCGGUAACUGCUUCCACCGGUAAUGUCGGAUAUGUGGUACAGGAUUGGUCGUUCUGGACGUCUGAUAUCAGCAUCAAGAAUCAGAAUGACGAGACCGUGCUAAAGAUCGUCGGACCCUGGCUUACGUUUGCCACGUGCUGCAGUGACUCUGUGUUUAAGAUCCUCGCUACCGACGGUACGCAGAUCGGUCAGAUCAACAAGAAGUGGUCGGGAUUGUGUAAAGAAUUGUUUACCGAUGCGGAUAACUUCAACAUCACCUUCCCGAUAGACCUGGACGUUCGAGUGAAGGCCACCUUACUGGCGGCAUUGUUAUUAAUUGAUUACAUGUACUUUGAGGGUGUUCCAGUUAACCUGAUCGGCUCGCUAGUUACGCAACUGGGUCUUUAG